GUGGUUCUUCCACAGAAUUUCUCUGUUAAGCUAGUCAGCUUUUCUACUGGGUUGAGUACAGUUGUAUUAUUUAGUCAUUAUUCUACUGGUGAAAGCCGUAGGGUUGUUUCAUUCUUAUUCAUUAGUAUCAUUCUGUGUGUGUGUGUGUGUCUGUUUUUUCAUUAUUCUGAUAGAAUUGUAAAAUUAGUUUAAAUGUUUUCUUUAUUGCUGGUAAACUGCAGAAAGUUUGUCUGAGCUAUAGAUGUGCUGACAUGGAUCGGGAAAUACCUGCUCUACUGGGUGUCUCAAAAGCUAUUCUUGAAAAUGUUGUAUUUGUACAUCAAGACGAAGCCAAUUGGCCUUUGCAAGAUCCUGCAACAUUAAAAAAGAAGUUUGAUGAUAUCUUCUAUGCGACCAGCUGUUUGUCCAUAUCCCCUGAGCCUUUUUGACCCUAAUGAUCAGACUGUUUGUCUGGUUAUUUCUUACCUUUUGUGUUUACUAUUAGUUGUCUACAUAUAUGUAUGUGUGUGUGUAUAUAUAUAUAUGUAUGUAUUAUCAAAUAUCUUUGUUAGUUUUGGUUAUUGAUAUUGUGAUAAGAUCCCAAAUUAUGAUGAAAAGGUGUUUGUGUAUCUGGU